AGCCGGCGGGGAAGAUGUCGGCGGCUACCCUGGCGGCCGAAGCGCUGGAGCCCGCGGCGGGGAUGCUCGAGGGCCGCCAGAGGAAGCUGGAGUCCAUGAUCCGCGACCCGCGCUCCCCGGUCAACGUGGAGAGCCUGCUGGAUGGCUUGAAUUCUUUGGUCCUUGAUCUGGAUUAUCCAGCGCUGAGGAAGAACAAGAACAUUGAUAAUUUUUUAAAUAGAUAUGAGAAGAUUGUGGAAAAAAUACGAGCUUUACAAAUGAAAGCUGAAGACUAUGAUGUUGUUAAGGUGAUUGGAAGAGGGGCUUUUGGAGAAGUGCAGCUGGUUCGACAUAAAAUGACACAGAAGGUUUAUGCAAUGAAGCUACUAAGUAAAUUUGAAAUGAUCAAGAGAUCAGAUUCAGCCUUUUUCUGGGAAGAAAGAGAUAUCAUGGCCUUUGCCAACAGCCCGUGGGUGGUUCAGCUAUUUUGUGCCUUUCAAGAUGACAAAUAUUUGUACAUGGUAAUGGAAUACAUGCCAGGUGGAGAUCUUGUAAACCUUAUGAGCAAUUAUGAUGUGCCUGAAAAAUGGGCCAAGUUCUACACAGCUGAAGUUGUUCUUGCUCUUGAUGCAAUUCACUCCAUGGGCUUGAUACACAGAGAUGUGAAGCCUGACAAUAUGCUUUUAGAUAAGUAUGGGCAUCUGAAGCUGGCAGAUUUUGGCACUUGCAUGAAAAUGGAUGAAACAGGAAUGGUGCGCUGCGACACGGCCGUGGGGACGCCCGACUACAUCUCGCCCGAAGUCCUGAAAUCGCAGGGGGGUGAUGGUUAUUAUGGACGGGAAUGUGACUGGUGGUCUGUAGGGGUCUUCCUUUUUGAGAUGUUAGUUGGCGAUACUCCUUUUUAUGCAGACUCACUAGUAGGAACAUACAGUAAAAUUAUGGAUCAUAAGAACUCAUUGCAUUUCCCAGAUGAUGUGGAAAUCUCUAAGCAUGCAAAGAACCUUAUCUGUGCCUUUUUAACUGAUAGGGAUGUGCGACUUGGGAGAAAUGGGGUAGAAGAAAUAAAGCAUCACCCUUUCUUCAGAAGUGAUCAGUGGAACUGGGACAACAUUCGAGAGACUGCUGCUCCUGUUGUUCCCGAGCUUAGCAGUGAUAUAGAUAGCAGUAAUUUUGAUGACAUUGAGGACGACAAGGGAGACGUGGAAACCUUUCCAAUCCCCAAAGCCUUUGUGGGAAACCAGCUGCCUUUCAUAGGAUUUACCUACUACAGAGAUAAUUUGUUGCUAAGUGACUCCUCUCAGUCUUGCAGAGAAAACGAAUCUGUGCAAUCUAGUAAAAAUGAGGACAGCCAAGAGAAAAUGCUAUCCAAAAACAUCUGCUCCAGUGGAAAGUCUCUGGCUACAGAGCACAGCAAAGGGCCGUUUCAGAAAAAACUAAGCAAGCUAGAAGAACAGCUCAGUAAUGAAUUACAAGCCAAAGAUGAACUAGAACAGAAGUACAGGUCUACAAGUGUUCGUUUAGAGAAGAUAGCAAAAGAGCUCGAUGAAGAGAUAACUUCAAGGAAGAAUGUAGAGUCUGCAGUCAGGCAGUUAGAGAGAGAGAAGGCUCUUCUGCAGCAUAAGAAUACAGAAUACCAGAGGAAAGCAGAACAUGAAGCAGAUAAGAAACGCAAUUUGGAAAAUGAGGUUAACAGUUUGAAAGACCAACUUGAAGAUUUAAAAAAGAGGAAUCAGAACUCUCAAAUAUCCAAUGAAAAAAUCAACCAACUACAAAGACAGUUGGAUGAAGCCAAUUCAUUGCUGCGGUCAGAGUCUGAUACUGCAGCCAGGUUAAGGAAGAACCAGACAGAAAGCACAAAACAAAUCCAGCAGCUGGAAAUUAAUAACAGAGAACUACAAGAUAAGAACUGCCUGCUAGAGAAUGCAAAACUCAAACUGGAGAAGGAGUAUCUCAAUCUUCAGUCAGCUCUAGAAUCAGAAAGGAGAGAUCGAAGUCAUGGAUCAGAAAUUAUCAGUGAUUUACAAGGUCGAAUAUCUAGCCUCGAAGAAGAAGUGAAAAAUGGAAAGAGUGCACUAGCCAAACUGGAAAUGGAGAAAAGACAAUUGCAGGAAAAGCUCACAGAUUUAGAAAAGGAAAAGAGCAACAUGGAAAUAGAUAUGACAUAUAAAUUUAAAGUUAUGCAGCAGAACCUUGAACAAGAAGAAGCUGAACAUAAAGCCACAAAAGCACGAUUAGCAGACAAAAAUAAGAUCUAUGAGUCUAUAGAGGAAGCAAAAUCUGAAGCCAUGAAAGAAAUGGAAAAGAAACUUUUGGAAGAGAGAGCUUUAAAGCAGAAAGUAGAAAAUCGGCUGUUGGAAGCUGAGAAGCAGCGCUCCAUGUUGGACUGUGAUCUCAAACAAUCACAACAGAAAAUAAACGAGCUCCUUCGGCAAAAGGAUAUACUAAGUGAAGAUGUAAAAAACUUGACAUUAAAAAUAGAGCAAGAAACACAAAAGCGCUGUCUCACUCAAAAUGACCUCAAGAUGCAAACACAGCAGGUCAACACCUUGAAAAUGUCAGAGAAGCAGUUAAAACAGGAGAAUAACCACCUUCAGGAAAUUAAAUUAAGUCUGGAAAAACAGAACAAUGAACUCCGCAAGGAACGUCAAGAUGCAGAUGGACAAAUGAAAGAGCUUCAAGACCAGCUUGAAGCUGAACAAUAUUUCUCAACUCUCUAUAAGACACAAGUUCGAGAACUUAAAGAAGAAUGUGAGGAAAAGACCAAAAUUUGUAAAGAAAUGCAGCAAAAAAUACAAGAGUUACAGGAUGAGAGAGAUUCCUUGGCUGCUCAGCUAGAGAUUACUUUGACAAAAGCAGAUUCAGAACAACUUGCCCGUUCCAUUGCUGAAGAACAGUACUCUGAUUUGGAAAAAGAGAAGAUUAUGAAAGAGCUGGAGAUUAAAGAGAUGAUGGCGAGGCAUAAACAGGAGCUUACUGAGAAAGAUGCUACCAUAGCCUCGUUGGAGGAAGCAAAUAGGACACUAACUAGUGAUGUGGCUAACCUUGCUAAUGAGAAAGAAGAACUAAACAAUAAACUGAAGGAAGCACAAGAACAAAUUACAAAACUAAAAGAAGAAGAAGCAAAUGUAGGAAAUAUUAAAGCACAAUUUGAGAAACAGUUGUUGAAUGAAAGAACAUUAAAAACCCAGGCUGUGAAUAAAUUGGCUGAAAUCAUGAAUCGGAAGGGUCCAGUCAAACGUGGAGCUGACACUGAUGUACGGCGGAAGGAAAAGGAAAAUAGGAAGCUGCAUAUGGAACUGAAGUCUGAACGAGAAAAGUUAACCCAGAUGAUGAUCAAGUAUCAGAAGGAAAUAAAUGAAAUGCAGGCACAAAUAGCAGAAGAGAGUCAGAUACGGAUUGAACUGCAGAUGACUCUGGACAGCAAAGACAGUGACAUUGAACAGCUUCGUUCCCAGCUGCAGUCACUGCACAUUGGGCUGGACAACAGUAGCAUAGGCAGUGGACCUGGAGAGGCUGAGGCAGAUGAUGGAUUCCCUGAAUCAAGACUGGAAGGCUGGCUAUCAAUGCCUGUUAGAAAUAACACUAAAAAAUUUGGAUGGGUUAAAAAGUAUGUAAUUGUAAGCAGCAAGAAGAUCCUGUUCUAUGACAGCGAACAAGACAAAGAGCAAUCUAAUCCCCAUAUGGUAUUGGAUAUAGACAAACUCUUCCAUGUGCGACCAGUCACUCAGACUGAUGUGUACAGAGCAGAUUCCAAGGAAAUUCCUAGGAUAUUCCAGAUCCUAUAUGCUAAUGAAGGAGAGAGCAAAAAGGAGCAGGAAUUUCCUGUGGAGCCCAUGGGAGAGAAGUCAAAUUACAUUUGUCACAAAGGACAUGAGUUUAUACCUACUCUUUACCACUUCCCAACCAAUUGUGAAGCUUGUAUGAAGCCACUGUGGCACAUGUUUAAACCUCCUCCUGCUCUGGAAUGUCGUCGCUGCCAUAUCAAAUGUCACAAAGAUCACAUGGAUAAAAAAGAAGAGAUUAUAGCACCUUGCAAAGUGUACUAUGAUAUUUCUACGGCGAAGAAUCUACUACUGUUAGCUAAUUCUACGGAAGAACAGCAAAAAUGGGUGAGCCGACUGGUGAAAAAAAUACCCAAGAAGCCUCCAGCACCAGACCCCUUUGCUCGAUCUUCUCCCAGAACUUCCAUGAAGGUACAGCCAAACCAAUCCAUGAGACGACCAAGUCGACAGCUUCCUCCAAACAAACCAAGCUAACUGCUUUCCGUGAAUGCAGACACAGUCAAGGUGAUAAUUUUCUUCCUGUUACAGCAAGACUGAAACAUAUCCCAAAAUAUAUUAAAAAUAUAUAUUUUCCUGAGAGAUUGUGCUAUAUAUAUCAGAGGUUUACAUUUUUGCUGCAAUAUAAAUUACUAAUCUCUGAGGGUUUUCCUGUAUUCUCCCGAGUGACUGAUCAGUUAAGGAAUGGUUGGUAAAUACUCAAAGGAUAUGUUAAGUAACCUUUUAAACUCUGUUCCACAAAAGCUUUCUUGGCAAGACACAUACACUACAUUUCAUAAAAGGAUCGAGAGGAAUGAGAAAUGGAAGAAACUGACUUUUCAGCUUUGGUAAAGAUGCCACCAGCACGUCUGCAAGUAGAACCAGAGGAAGAUCAACCAUAGUGAUAUAGACUGCAUCUGUAAGAAGUGACCAUUAUACUGUGUAUAUAUAUUGUACUGUAAUACUGCAAGAGGGUUUUAAAAAUCUUUCCACUUUAUUUUUUUAUGCUUAUUAAUCAGAUACCGUUACUUAUUGCAGUUGCAACUAUGCACUUGUAUAAAGCCAUAAUGUUGAAGUUUAUAUCAGAAGCUGCAUGUCAGUGUUCAGCAGCUAGUAUAGGUUUGAAGUAUAUACUAGUUUCAGCUACGUCAUCAUGGGCAGUCCCCUUUUACCUAAUUGCCUUAAUUUAAUUUUUUUCAAGUUUUUUUUUGCCCGUUCUUUCUAUUUAAGGAAAAAGAAAGUUUACCAGCUCUUAGGAUGCAGUUUUGCUUUGUGGCAGAAAAAAUAGUGCACUAUUUUUACACCUAGUAAGUUUAUCAGUUUCAGCCUAUUUUGAAUGUAUAUCGACUGGUUUUAAGGGUGGAGAAGUGUUGGUUACAGAAAUAAUGUCUGAGAGCAUGGGAUUUACCAGACCAUUUGCUUGUACAUGUGACUGCUCAUCCAGCCCUUUUUACAAACCUCAAUGCUAGUUAUUGACUUAUAUUAACCCUCAUUAAGUGCUAUGAAACUUCAUUUUGCCUUGUUUUUGCAUACUCUCCUAGAUGUGGGUUUUUUUUUUUAUUUCUGGAAAAUAAAAGAAUCUGUGACUAUUUUUACAUUUCACAACACAAUAUCCAAGGACUGUCACAAACUUUAAGAAAAGUAAAACAUACUGUAGAUGUAUUUUAAAGUUGUAACCUGGUUCUCUAGCACAUAGCUGUAGGCAUAGAUAAAUAUUUCAGUAUUGUGUUUUGAGAACUGAUAGCUGGGAAGAAAGGGCCUCAGAGGCACUUAAUCUGACUUUUUUUUAAACUUGGAGUUGUACAAAAAAAAUAAUUUAUGUGGGCUCAUUCAUGAUGUGUUCAUAAUUAUCCCAGAAAAUGCAUGUUUUAUACAACUACAGUAUGUGAUGUUAAACAUAUUGACAGUAAAAAAUGUAGUCUCCUAUUUGGUCUCUUUAUAUAUAUAUAUAAAUAUAUAUAUAUAUUUAGAAUAUAUAUAUAUAUAAAAUAUUGUGUGGGAGUGCAGUAAUUUAAAAUAUGAUCUAACACUUCAAUGAAGGAGGACAUUUCACUUUAAAAUUUUGUUUGUUUGUUUCUGUUUUUUAAAGAGUGUUGAAAUGUUUGGAAGGAUAGGACCAUGUUUUAUUUAACACUAUCAUGAAAGGUGGACUUGGAAACACUGAAAUACUGAAAAUUAAUAAAUAUAUUUACGUUUUGUAACCUCUACUACAGUUCAGCUUAACAAAACAAGAAUGUAUUCAGUCUUCUAUUUAUGGGCUCACAAAGUAAAAUAUUGUUGUGAGUUCUUAAAUUCAAUGCUAAAACUUUCAUAUCAUUUCUGUUAGAUAUUAUAACCCAGAGCACAGCUUCAGUGGUUUUUCCCUGCUUGUUUUGAUUUACAGAAGUACGGUAUAUUUUUAGAUAAUGCAGAUUUGCAUAGAGUACAACAUUAAAAAUGUAUACAGUAAAACUGUUUCCAUUCACUGAAUGCAUAAAUAUUUUAUAUAUAUAUAUAAAAAAAUGUUACAUUGUGGGAAGUUCUAUCCUUUUCUGAAUUGGAGAAUAUUAUAUAUAUAUAUAUUUUUAAAUAAACUAUUUGAGUAAGGUAAAAUAGUUCCUGAACUUGAGAAGCUGGUAAUUAAUUGAAAUAUUUAAAUAUAAAGAUAACUACUGCAGCAGAUAUGGGAAAGGCAAGGGCUGCUCCAAAGGCAGCCCCACAAAUCCUGUGCAGAGGAAGCGCAGACUCCAGGGGAGCUUUGGCAGCUCCUCCACUGCUGCCGCUGCAUCCUUUGCACUUUCUCUCCCUGGCUUGCCCUCAUCUACUGUGAACCCAUGGGGCCCUGCUAAGCCUGACAUUUUAGGAAAUGUACUAUGUUAUAGUAUUUGCUAGCCACAGUUUAUAAAUCCCACGCUUGUACAAAUGGUCAUUAGCUGUACAUGCAGCAGGCUGUACUGAGAUGGUGUCGUGGAGCAAUGUGGGCUGAGAGGAGCACUGGGGGUCCUGUGUUCUGACCUCCGCCUCAGAGCAGAGCUGACUUAGCACAGGUUCCUCAAGCCAGUGGUCUGAGGUGCAUGAACCUCGCUUUGCACCAAGGACACAAAAGGCAGAGCUGCUCUUCUGUUCUUCUCCCUCAUCCUGCUGUGAAAUGCAAACACCUCUUCAAUGCUAGUUCCUGGAGAUUGUGUUGUUCCCUUAUUGUCUAAUGGUACCUUGUAAUAUUUUUGAGAGAAGGGCAUAUUAAUGAACUAAGGAGCAUUUGUCCUUUAAGUCACUGAUGUUUUAGCACUUUCUUUUUGUUAAAGACUUGCCCUAAGCAAACAGGACGUUUUCAUGGCCUGAAUGACUUACAUAUAGAAAAUUUUCUCAUUGCAAGUCCUUUUGUCUCACAAGAGUAAACAAGUGGCAUAGUCAAGCUGCAUAUUAAUCUUCUGGAAAAAUCAGGAGUCCAACUUGGAGGCAGAAGCUCAAGGCACUUGUAGGGAAGUUGCUCCUUAGUUCCCAAUCCAAGAGCUCACCAGCACAGAAGGACAGGCAAACCCCAUCAGAAUUACCUUGUCAGGUCUCAGAAAGGCCUUUCUACAAUGAGAUUUCCACUUCUGUUCCUAGUUGUGUGCUGCAAUUCCCUGCCUCUUGUGGUCCCUGCCAAAGUGCAGCCCCUCCCAGCACUGCCCACAAUCCAGCACCACAUCUGCUUUUAAGUAGAGGAAAACUAUGGUGGUUCUUGUGCUUCUGAGCACAGCUGAUGCUGUAACCAAAAACAUGACAUAGAAUCAUAGUAGGAUGUAGGAGUUGGGAACAUGCAAGAAGCUCAAGGAUCUUAGCAGUGACAGAUGCCAAAUCUAAAACAUCGCUGAAAUUUCAUUGCAAGUAGCUAAAUCUCUUAUUGCCUCUUGAAAACACUGAACCUCCUAAAUUUUGACAGGCAUUCAGUGGCUCUCUGAAGGCAGCAAGGCCAGGAAAGCUGCCACUGAAAUUAGGUGAUUUUUCUCUUUAGUUUCUUUUUAGUUUCUAAUGUCGGUGAUCAUUAAAAAUUUGAGCAUUUCUGUUUGUAAUCUUACUACAAUGUAUUAGUUUCCCAUCUAGCUUUGAGAGAAUCAUCCUUGCAAGAGAAUUGUAUAUUUUGGUCCCUAGUGCCUUUACCCAUCCUUUACCCAUGUCCUUGUGAAGUUGUAUUUGGGAUGCUGCUGUGAAAAGGGGGAGCUUAUAUGAAAGCAAAUUUCUUACCUGCAUUGCUCUUAUAAACCCUUAAUCACCUCCUUAUUCUGUUUUUGAGGCAGAAGAACAAACAGUACAAUGUCCAGUUGAGUGAACUGGAGUAUUUCAGUCUCCUCCACAUUCCUGGAUAGUUAGCCUUGACAUUCAUGUUAAAAUAAUGAUUAAUUUAUUUUUUCAUGUAAUCAUAGAAUAUAUCAAGUUGGAAGGGACCUGUAAAGUUCAUCAAGUCCAACUCUCUGCUCCUCACAGAGCUACCUAAAACUAAACCAUAUGACUAAAAACAUGAUCUAGACACUCCUUGACCUCUGACAGGCUUGGUGCCUUUUUCAGUGCAUUACAUUUUAUUACAAAUGAUCAUGUCUGCACAUAGUACACUUUAAAUUGAAAACAUUAUUUCUUAUUUUUUAACAUGAUCUUGUGAAUAAUUCAGGAUUCUAUCAGAAUCCCAAGGAUCAUAGGGUUUGCUUGCUGCUUUGAAGUAUCCUUCAUGAGAGUGGGAAGGAGUCUUCUUUUGAAUCUCCAUAAAAGAUGUUGAUAGAUUGGUUCUGAAUCUACAAUUUGUGUUCCAUGUUGAAGUUGCCUAAAAAGUGGACCAGUAUAUAUUACUCAGACAUUCUCAUCUGAGAAAUUAGAGAAGUGUACUGAAAUGUGUGUGGCAGAGAACACUCAAAACACAUCCAGCCUAGGUCUCCCCAGAAACUACUGCAAUCAAUGUAGCUGUAGCUGUAGAAACACAGCAGCAAGAAGUGGGAAUGUAGAGAAAAUAACGUAUUGGCACAGGGAUGCUAAUUACCAGGUCUUAUUAAUGAAAAUCGGGGUUUGGAAUCUUUUUCACUUUUUAAGCAGGAAGCAAGUGUUUUAUAAAGGUAAGAAAGCCACAUUACUAAUCAUAUUGCAAGGGUACAGCCUGGGAUUUGACUGCAGCUGCUUUUGCUUCAAUAAUCUGUAAGAAUCUGAAGCUGCAAGAUUAAAGUGAUCUUUCAAAAUGAAAGUCAUGGUGAAAUUUCAGUUGUAAGUGUAUGUAGUCAUGAUGCCUUAAAGAACUCUGGAAAGACAUAUCAUCACCCUGAAAAGAAAGGGCAGAGAAUCCAGUAAUGUCAUGUCCCUGCAGCCCUUAUUCGUUGGAAGAGCUGCACAGAAAUGCUUUCAGCCAAGACAACUGCAUGGGAUGCUUCAGUCCUACCACCUCAUUUUAAGGUCUAGGUGUUCAGUUUUUUCAGAGAUGCAUGCCUGCUUCUGUGCAUAGUCUUAUAUUGUCCCUGUGGGCCUCACGUCAUGUUGUUUUUGUCAUUUGUCAUUACUGUUUGUGGUGGUUUUUUGCCCAGGACACUCUUGCACCACUUGGUCAGCAUGGCUUUCCAGUGAGAAGUACUCCAGCUUGUGAGGUCACGGCCAGUCCUCUUUUCCUUUGGAUCACCAACUGCUUAGACUUUGGACUUUGGCCUUCAAUAUGUGCUACUUUUUAUUAACAAGUGAGCUCGUAGAAACUUCUUUUGUAGUUACCUGAGAUACUUAACCCCUUAAUCUUUUUAAGACUGAAGGAGCUGGGUACCCCACCAGGUAGGUGGUACCCCUAUUUCAUAUUGGCUCACCUUGCACUGUCUCUGACCUCAGCUGCUCCAUUUUCCAGUAGGCUCUUGGAGCAGGUCCUGCAGCUGGGUGCAGGUCUGGCUGCAGUUUCAGGACUUGAAUCUGCUUGCUGGAUCCCAUGGUCUCAUGUCUGCAUGAUGUUUUCCAACACGUUACAGUCCCUGUAUCCUGGGGGCCACUGAGAUCCAGAAGGAUCUGUGUAUUCUUUAGUCCAAUAAGGAGCCGUGGGGGGAGGCUCCCUUGCCUGCUCUGUUCCGAGCUACAGCAAUGAGAGUUGUAUUACUGGAAGGUGGGCAUUUGUGCAAACUUAAAAAAAAACAAGGCCGAGAGAGGAAAAUACCUUGAGUUCAGAGAGUCCAUGAAGACUGUAAGUUGUGGUGACAGCGCAUUUCAUGGAAAAAAAAUUAAAAUCUCACAAGUCAGACUCGAAAGUCAGACCACUCUAUAUACAGGAUCUGUAUAUAGUCAGCUGUUCGAAGGUGAAGGAGUUUCUCUCCAGUAAUUAUUUAAAAUAUACUUUACAAAAGCUCAAUUCAUGCUUUGUUAAGAGUCAUGAUUUAUAUGACAGAGGCAACAGUGAGGCAUAGGAUGUGUGUUUUUCCAUUUAUGAUUUUCAUAUAGUACGAGUCUUGGUACUGCUGGCCAAAGCCUUCACAUUCCAAAGCAGAAGUCUUGUACAUUCCAGAGCAGGCAUAUGCACAGAUAACUUGCAAUUACAAUAAGGUGGUAAGUAUUUUCAGCAUGGUGCCAUAUUACUACUCAGUUUGAGUCAGAAUCAUCAUUAGCCAACUUAACAUUUUGGGCUGGUGCAGGUUCUGUCCUUUACAACAUUUUCCAGAAUACUUGACAGAUAAAACAAGGUGUCUGCCCUCUUAAAGCUCCCUUCCUGUGAGUCAGUGAUACCACAUAAUGCACAGAAAUACCUAUUUAGGCUUCUGACAAUUUAAGACAGUUCUAAAUGAAAUAAUGGAACAAAACAGGAUAUGAACAAAAUUGUGACAAUUAUUUAAACUGUUCUUCGGGUAUUGCAAAUUAAAUUUUAUCAUAAUAAUAAUGUAAAAAGUCUCUUAUUUUACCCCUAGCCCAAAGAUUGGAUUGUUUUCCAAGAUAGAUACGGUUGUCCCAAAUUUCUGCCAAUGUAGAAUGGAAUAGCUGACACCUUUAACUUGAAAAUGUCUGUAUGUCUGUCUUGCCAUUAGGCAGAAAACACCUGAGGUCCAUCAGGACUCAGGUCUGUGAGGCUGGCAAGGUCUUGUAAUUGGAUCCAUCACAAGUGAUGAUCUGUCACAUUCUUACAGUGACAUUCACUGUGGCUCCCAGGCACCUGUUUGACUUCAACAGCUGUCAUCACCAAGAACUCUGAAGUGUCCUGGAGAACUCUGGCUCAAAAUCAAGCAAAUUAAAGUCAGUGCAAACCAAGAACUCUAUAACAUCCUAUUUUAAGAAUUUUUUUCAGCUUCCUCCUUUCACCUUCAAAAGUGAGACA